UUUAAUUAAAAAAAAAAUCCACCGAGCAGUGGUGGCACACGCCUUUAGUCCCAGCACUCAGGAGGCAGAGGCAGGCAGAUCUCUGAGUUGGAGGCCAGCAUGGUCUGUAGAGUUAGUUCUAGGACAGCCUGUUUUGAAAAAGGUAAAAAACAAUCCUGUGAUGUUCUUACACAUCUGUCUUUGCCAGGGAAGGCUGACAAAGAAAACGUCACCAGUAAGAGCAGCUUCUUUUAUCCCUUUAUUACUGACCUGAUGAACCAAGACUUCUAAAAACCACCCUGUGAAACCCCACAGGCAAUUAGCGCAGGGCCUGGAGCCCCAGAUGAGUCACUAAGGCCCUGCCAGAGCUCUGUGUCCCUGAUCCGGUUCUACAUAAUCAAAUACAACCCGGUGCAGAUAAUCGGGACAAUGGGACUGUGUGCUGCGGACGGGGGAGGCCAGGGGAGGAGGCUGCAGGCCAGAGCCAGCACAGGCUGAGGGUAGACCACGGGAAGUCAGGGUGGCACACAGGGUCCGGGGCGUGUGCUGGUGGCGCGCCUUCAGUGGGGCGGGGGUCCAGCCGCGAGCUUGAGACGGCAGGGUGAGGUGGGGCGGGGCUUGCAGCUCGGUACAGGAUUGGUCAGGAUCAGGGGGGCGCCCCAGAGGCCUCAGCUGCGGAUCUUUCCAGCUGCCAGGUGACUCAACCUCAAAGGCGGGAAAGGGCAAACACGUGAGGUGUGCGGAGGACGGAGUUAAAGGGGUGUCCCACGUGGGAAAACGGGGCUGCGGGGAGGAGGUGGGACUACCGCAGUUUUUCAGCACACCAUUCUUUCUACAUGGGGGUGGUACUCUCCAGGGGGCGGGACACUCCCCCAGGGCCCCAGAGCUGGGGCAGGUAGGGGCGUGGCCUUGGGCCCCGCCUCUCUUGCAUGCUCGGCCUGGGGCUUCUAGCACACCGGACGCAGCAGCUGCGCAACCGCCCAUCGCACUGUCAUGGAUCUCAGCCCCACAUCGACCCCCCACGAGCCUUCCCCGUCUGCCGCUUGACUGGAGGCCCAGGUGGUCAUCAUGGGUCAGUGCUACUACAAUGAGACCAUCGGCUUUUUCUAUAAUAACAGUGGCAAGGAGCUCAGCCUUCAUUGGCGCCCCAAGGAUGUGGUAGUGGUGGCUCUGGGGCUGACAGUCAGUGUACUGGUGUUGCUCACCAAUCUGCUGGUUAUUGCAGCCAUUGCCUCCAACCGGCGCUUCCACCAGCCCAUAUACUACCUGCUUGGCAACUUGGCUGCUGCUGACCUCUUUGCCGGCAUGGCCUACCUCUUCCUCAUGUUCCACACUGGCCCACGAACUGCCCGGCUCUCCAUCAGAGGCUGGUUCCUGCGACAGGGUCUGCUGGACACCAGCUUGACAGCAUCAGUGGCCACACUGCUGGCCAUUGCUGUAGAGCGGCACCGUAGUGUGAUGGCUGUUCAGCUACACAGCCGCCUACCCCGGGGCCGUGUGGUCACACUCAUUGUGGGUGUGUGGGUGGCUGCACUGGGCCUGGGGUUGCUACCUGCACACUUCUGGCACUGCCUCUGUGACUUAGACAGUUGCUCACGAAUGGUGCCCCUGUUCAGCCGCUCCUACCUGGCUGUGUGGGCCCUGUCCAGCCUUCUGGUCUUCCUGCUUAUGGUAGCUGUCUACACACGCAUUUUCUUCUAUGUGCGUAGACGGGUGGAGCGCAUGGCAGAGCACGUCAGCUGCCAUCCCCGCUACCGAGAGACGACGCUCAGCCUAGUCAAGACUGUUGUCAUCAUCCUGGGGGCAUUUGUGGUGUGCUGGACACCAGGCCAAGUGGUGCUGCUCCUAGACGGUCUGGACUGUAAAUCCUGCAAUGUCUUGGUGGUGGAGAAGUACUUCCUGCUCCUGGCUGAGGCCAACUCACUGGUCAACGCCGCGGUAUACUCCUGCCGAGAUGCUGAGAUGCGCCGGACCUUUCGCCGCCUCCUCUGCUGCAUGUUCCUCCGCUGGUCCAACCACAAAUCUUCCCGAUGCUCAUCUUCCGCCCAGACAGGUGCCAGCACCCGGAUCAUGCUUCCUGAGAACGGUUGCCCACCGAUGGACUCCACCCUUUAGCUUCCUUGGACUGAGGCAGAAGAUGGGGCAGCAAAAAUAUCACCCCACAGCCUCUAGCAGUUUCCCUGACUCAGUCCAGCCCAGCAGAUGCAUGGCUCUCAAUACUCUCCAGGCCACAGAUCUGCCUACCUCAGAACACAGAGAUUUGGGGUCAUCUCUGUGCACCUGGGAGAGCAUCCAAAGGGACUUGGCAGUCUGGCUCUCAAACAUCUCAGGUUUUACUUAUUUUUGUUUUAAACACGUUUUAUAUUUUUUCUGUAUAUCUCUGGUAUGACCUGUAGACUGUUUCUUCCUACAUGGUGCUGUUGGUGUUCAGGGUAGAAGAGGUGAGAGCUGUCCUAAGUUACACCACCCACUCAUGCAGGCUAGACUAUAGGUAUGCUGUCUUUCUGAGGCCAUUUUGGUUUUGUUUUUUUGAGACAGGAUCUCACGCUAGCCCAAGCUGGCCUUGAACUCACUGUGUUGCUGAGGAGGGCCUUGAUCCUUCUCACUCCACCUCCCAAGUGCUGGUAUUGAAGCUGAUUCCUUGGGAGUUUUGAGCAGCCUCUGAGGGCUCACCUGCCUCCAUUAGCAGGGAGGGAGUGCAUGAUACAGGGCAAGCCUUUCCACUCUAAGGUUGCCAAGGUCAUUUGUUUGUUUGGUUUUUUUUUUCCUUGUCAUUAAUUCAAACAAUCUGUCCCUGUGUCCUGGAAUUAUCUAUCUAUCAUGGCACAGAGUUGACGAGAAUCCUUCAACAUGGAAUCCCCUGUCCUCAUCUCAUUCCUAUUCUGUGCCCCCAACCUUGUUUUUUGUUUUUUGUUUUUUUGGAGGCAGGGUUUUAUGUGGCCUAGGCCUUAUGUUGCUGCAUCCAUCUUGCCUCUCAAUGCUGUCUGCUGGGAUUAGAGCUCUGUACUCCCAUUCCUGGCUUCUGCCUCUUUCUGGAGUCUCACUUAAGCUUCCUUCUGCUGAUGUCCUUCUACUAUCCCCUCUUCAAGAACCUAGAGCAAUUUCUGGCUUAUAUAAGCCUUUUCUUUCUACCUGCCUCCCCCCAACCAUUAUUUUAUUUUAUUUUCUAAGACACAGGAUCUCACAACAUAGCUCAAGCCAUCUAACUCACUGUAUAGCUCAGACUAACUUCCAUCUCUCAGCUGUCUUCCUGCCUCGACUUCCUGAGUGCUUGAAUGACAAGCCUAAGACACCAUAUUCAGGUGUAGCCGUGUCUUACUACACAGCUUGGAAAUGACACAGACAUGCCAGGAGGGACCAGAAAACUCCCUGAGGAAGGGAGUUCAGUGUCCCUAGAAACCUGAAAUUAAGUCACAAGUUUCUGGAACUUGCUACUCCUCAGGCCUGAGAUGAGCCCUCUCCCUGCCUAGAAAAGCCCCUGGCAGUCAGGUGGACCAUGAGCCUGGCUCCCUGCCCCACCUCACCAGAGGAGCAAGAGUAGUGUUCUCAUUUCGGAUUCACAUGCUGAGCAACAGCAGGAAUGUGAACCUCUGUCUUAUCUGAGGCCAAAUUCUUAAGGCAUUAAAGCAUCUGUUCCCAGAGAACUGGAAA